AUGUAUAAAGAAGAUAGAGAUCCCAUCCAAGUUCACUCAUUCUAUAAUUUUGAUGGAGAACUCAGUCGCCUACACCUCGUUAUUUCACAAAAAGUCUGCAGCCAACACAAAAAUCACUCCCCUACUUUUCAAUUGAUUUACAGGCUAUUUUCUCAAUUCGUCUCUGGUCUCUUGCUGUUCUUUAGUGUCCCUUGUCCCCCCUUUUUCUUUGUCCUUCCCUUCUACCCCCCUCUUUUCGUUUUCGCCUCCCUUCAUCCGUUUUUCCACCGCCCUUUCUCUAUCCCUCUCUUUUUCUCUUAUGGCCCUUUUUCCCCCACUUCCCCAAUCUCCUUUUUCUUUGCUCCUACAUUCUGCCUUCCCUCCCUGCAACAUAUGAUCCACAUCCAGACCGCUUAUCCAAAAUUUAGAAAGAGAACAAAGUGGCUGCAGGAUAAGCACAAUAGCACUUUCAUUCAAUGGCUACGCUUCAAGGUUCAAAGUGAACUUAAUGAGGAAGACAAUCAUGGCGUAUCAGAAAAUUUAAGGUGGCUAGCAGCUGGUCCAAACAUGGCAGUGCCAUUAUAUAGGAGCUAUCUCAUUAAAGGUAUUAAAUUCAACAUCAAGGCACAAGAUGAUGUGCGGACAACUCAAAAUAGUGGAGUUUAUUUACUUGCACAUACUAUGCAAGUUGCUAGUGCCAAGGAUAAAAACCCAAUUCUCUCAAAUAUGGUGGACGAACUUGGAUUUACCCUUGUAGAUUUGAGUAAAAUUGGACAUAGGAAUGACCAAUUUGUUUUGGCUUCUCAAGUCAAACAAGUAUUUUUUGUUGACGACCCGAUGCAUCGUGGUUGGUCGGUAGUGUUAUCAAUGCCUAAUAGAGAAUAUAAUGAUGUUAUUGGUGAUGAUGUCUUAGGUGAUGUGAGAAUUGAGUGUGAGCCAUUUACUAGGGGGAUGCCAAAUGUUGACACAUUUGAUGAAGUGGUGGUUGAGUUAGGGAGUCAAAAUAUUCGAGAUGGGUGUGAAGAUAUAUGGGUUGAAUGA